UGCUAGGAGCUCAAUCGUCGGCGGGAGCUGAGCUGAGUGUGUCGGGGCAGAAGCGUGAGUUGCGGAGGUGCUGCUGCUCGUCGCUGACAGACGGGGAAAAGGAGCCUUCAAGGAAGAGGAGAUCCUCGGGAAAGACGCGGAAGCCUUCCAGGGGAACCCGACGGCAGCGCGCCCCUUCCCGCAGGCGAUGGCCGCCGCCAAGCCCCCCGAGAUGCCGGUCGCGGGCGUGGGUUUCCAGACGGUGAUGCCAGCCUUCGCCUGCGCGGCCGAGGAGGCCUUCCCGUCGCCGCCCGCCCGCCCCUCGAGGCUGCCCCGGGGCAAGAAGCCGCGCCGGGCCCGCCAGUCGCGCUUCAAGACGCAGCCGGUCACCUUCGACGAGAUCCAGGAGGUGGAGGAGGAGGGCGCCUCGCCGGCCGAGGAGGAGAAAGCCCGCCGCUCCUUCCUCCAGUCCCUCGAGUGCCUCCGCCGCAGCGCCCAGAACCUCAGCCUCCUCCACAAGGACAAGGCGCUCCGCCACGCCGCCGCCACCGCCGCCGGGACACGGCUCCGCAACAGCCUCGACUCCAGUGACUCCGACUCGGCCCUCUGAGAGGACGGGAGAAGGCGCUUCCUGAGGAGAUGGACAGGGAGGCAGACACGGAACACACCGGGACUGGGCUCCGAGGUCUCCUUGGACGCACAGCCAAGCCUCAACUCGAAAUCAGCCCGUCUGUGGAGCCAGCCGCACCCAAGCCUCAACUGGACCACCAGCGCUGACCCUUCCGUGCAGUCCAGAGCUAGCUUCGGACUCCAGGCAAUGCAGAAGAAAGCUCUAAAUGCCGUUAUUUGGAUCUAUAGUGCCAAAUAAUGCAUUAUAUGGUCACCAGGCAUGGAGCAAACUUUGGCCCUUGGGGUGUUUUGGAUUCCGACUCCCACCAUUCCUAACAACCUCAGGCCCCUUCCUUUUCCCGCUUAAGCGGCUGAGGGGGAAAAGGAAGGGGCCUGAGGCUGUUAGGAAUGGUGGGAGUCGGAGUCCAAAACACCCCAAGGGCCAAAGUUUGCCCCAUGCCUCCUGUAGACCAAACUACAGUGUAGAUGUGGCCCAUAGCUGGUUCUACACUGCCAUAUAAUAACCACAUUGUAUGACAGCGUAGAGCCAGCCUGAGCCGUCAACAUCCAGGCUUCAAACUGCUCCCAGGAUUUCCACCCUUGUAAUCGUCUCCACAGCAAAACCACUUCUUCAAUACCUGUUCGAAAACUUCGUUGAAUGGUCAGGGUAGAUGGGGCCAAACUGGGCCGAGUACUCCUCAUCCAAAACACAUGGGGGCCAGAAAGUAUCUUCCCAUGUUUUGGAGCUAUGUCAUGAGAUGGGACCCAAAGUUUGCAGACACUUCGCAAACAUAGCCUUGGAAGGUUGUAUACAUUUGGUUGCUGUGAGUUUUCUGGGCUGUGUGGCCAUGUUCCAGAAGCAUUCUCUCCUGACAUUUUGCCCACAUCUAUGGCAGGCAUCCUCAGAGGUUGUGAGGUUUGUUGGAAACUAGGCAAAUGGGGUUUAUGUAUCUGGAAAGUCUAGGUUGGGAGAAAGAACUCUUGUCUAUUUGAAUGUCGCAGUUGAUCACCUUGAUUAGCAUUUAAUGGCCUUGCAGAGUCAAAGCCUGGCUGCUUCCUGCCUGAGGGAAUCUUUGCAUACAUUGAUCCAUCAGAGAGCAAAGGUAUCACUUUCUUCACAUGGACAGAUUUUGGAGGGUCUUUGGAAUUCCAGACAAGGGAUACUCAACCUGUCUGUUUCUAUAUUGCAAAACUUGAAGGGACAGUUUCAGGAAAGACUAAGCUGCAGAGGACUUUGGCUCUCCCCCGUCUUCCGUUGAACUCCUUUUCUUUUUUUUUUUGUAUCCUAGAGCCUAAUCCUCACAGGCAGAGACUUGGAAGGACUCCACUUCUUUUUCUGAAUUAAAAAGAUCCAGCGGGAAUGUGCUAGAUUUCCAAGAGCAGUGUGCAAGUGAGGUUGAUCUCUUUUUAUUAAAGUGAAGUCCUCCUUGUGUGUAUGUUUCUAUCUUGACUGUGCCUCUCCCCGCUCCCCUAGAAAAUAAAGACAAAUGCACAUCUUUUUCUAACUCUUAAGGAAAAAAUAUAUAUUGAGAUGUUUUAUGGAUGCAAUCAGCUGCUGACUUUAUAUUUAUUUUUGCAUUAACUUUCUGACUGCAUUAAUUUAAUAUGUUUCUACCUGAAUGUCUUGUAAUUAUUUACACAAGAGAGAAAUAAAGCUGAUAUAUUUGCACAAUG